GGUGUGGUUUUGCCAAGAAGUUUUGUUUUGGGGGAGUUGGCUGGGCUGGUCUGGGGAAAUUGCAUAAUGUGUCCCCAAAUGAACCCUAGAAAAAGUUUCUCCCCUUUCCCUGCUUUCAUCUCAAAAUUGGAGUGCCUAAAGGCCACCAAUUGGACAGGGAAUUACAUCCCUACCAGAAGUCAUCUGAUACAUCCAGUCAUUACCCAUGGAACCACUUGCCAUCCACUCAUGCUAUUAUGAACAAGCUUGCAAAAGGCCCAAGUGCUGCACUGCAGCUGGAAAGCCAUUGUGCUCUGAUGCUUGAGUACAUGUCAUUCUUCCAGUUCCUGGUAGAUGACCAGCAUGUCUCCCCCGAAGCUGCUGGCCUGUCACGCCUGCUCGAGAGGUUACAUGUCCAAAGUGACGGCCCAGAACAAGAAGCGGUGUCCGGCGCUACUCGACUGCGGCCACAGCGUCUGCGAGGGGUGCGUGCGCAGCGCGGCCAGCAAGGGCCCGCUGCUGGCCUGCCCGCAGUGUCAGCAGUUAACAGUUGUGGAGGACAAGAAGCUGCCAUCAGACGCCUUCAUCAAUGGCUGUCUCGUUAUCAACAUGAGACCACCGCUUAAUGAGGACGCUGUCGGCUUCGUCACGCAGAGGAAGCCACGGCGCGUGUCGGAAAAGGCGAUGAACUCGGCGGUGUCCGAGAAAGAUAAAUGCGAAGAGUGCAAUGUGAACCACGGUUCACUGACCUGCCCGAAAUGCGAAGACUGUCGCUUUUGUCAGAGCUGCUUCAACAAAGUACACCAGGGGUCGAGGCUCCUGUCGCGUCACGUUCCGCGCGCGGCCACGCCGGCGGCGGCCGGCUCUGGCGACGGUGGCGCCGCGGCGGCCGACCAGUGCUGCCCUCUACACGAGCGCCGCCCGCUCGAGUACUACUGCACGGAUGACGACGUGGCCGUGUGUUCGCACUGCUCCAUCUCUGGCGAGCACAAGGGUCACACCGUCGAGACCGUCAGCGAGCGGAACGCCCGACGCCGGCCGGAGCUGCUGCAGGCGACGGAGCGGGCACGCAACACCUACCUGCGCCUGCGCGUGGCCGCUCAGCGAUGA